AUGCUCUCCAAGGCUUUGGAACUCUGGGCCUUUCGAGUGACGACGCUGUGCAAGUCCGUGCAAGCCAAGGCAGCAGCGAUGAGUUCGUUGGUCGUUGGUCUUGUGAUUGCCUUCGUCUACUGCUGGCAGAUGUCCCUUGUGAUGCUGGGCUCCAUACCAAUCAUGGUCGCAGCAACCGCGCUUCAGUACCUAGUGGUACUCGGCGCUUCGAAAAACGAGAACGUCAACAUCACCAAUGCCAACCAAAUCGUGGUAGACUCCGUCAUGAACGCUCGCACGGUACAGGCAUUGUGUGUUGAGAAAGGCCUGGUCAGUAUGUAUGUGAGUUGGGUGGAAAAGUCCAUGGUCGGCAUGUGGAGGCGAAAUAUCCUGGCUGGCAUGGGCUUCGGCAUUUCCAAUGGGAUAUUCUUCUUCAUCAUGGCCGGUGGCUUCUACAUCGCUUCCUUUCUAAUCAAGGAGAAUGUGGCAGACUUCGAGGGGGUGAUGAUGGCCUUCAUGGGCAUCUUCUACGCAGGCAUGGGGGCUGGCCAGGCUGCGGUGAUGGUGGGAGAUGCAUCGAAGGCCAAGGUUGCAUGCCAUGACAUGUUUCAGCUUAUGGACCGCAUCUCGGCCAUCAAUGGCCUCGAGCCUACCGGCGACACCCCGAAGCAACUCGAGGCCGGUCGGAUUGAGUUCCGCGAUGUGAAGUUCUUCUACCCCUUCCGCCCGGAGGUCUUGGUGCUCAAAGGUACCAGUUUCAGCAUCGCCGCCGGACAGUCCGUCGGCUUAGUGGGCCCUUCCGGGGGAGGCAAGAGCACGGUGAUGUCCUUGAUCCAACGCUUCUAUGAUCCCCAGGAGGGCCAGGUCCUCAUCGGGGCGGACCGCGUGCCUCUGAACACAGUGAACAUCCGUUGGUGGAGGCGACAGGUUGGCUUCGUAGGCCAGGAGCCUAUCCUCUUCAACACGACGGUGCGUGCGAACAUCAUGUAUGGCCUCGAUGACGACGAGACGGUCAGUGACGAGCACCUUUGCCAAUGCGAAAGGAUUUCCAACCUUGCUUUCCUGCACAAGGGCGGCAACAAGGGCUUGGAGACGGAGGUUGGCCCCAGAGGCAGCCGCCUGUCGGGGGGCCAGAAGCAGCGUGUGGCGAUUUGCCGGGCCUUGAUCCGCAACCCGCCAGUCAUGCUACUAGAUGAGGCCACCAGUGCACUAGACACCCAGAGCGAGGCAAUCGUGCAGAAGGCCCUGGAAGCUGCCAGCGAAGGGCGCACCUCCUUCGCCAUUGCCCACCGACUCUCGACCAUCCAAGGCUGUGACGUGAUUCUCGUGAAUGCCGACGGCCGUGUGGUGGAGAUGGGAAGUCAUGCAGAAUUGAUGGCCUCCAAAGGAGUGUAUUACAAGCUGCAGAUCCAGGCACAGAAGUGA